AUGGUCGGUAUCUCCUGCCGUCCUUGCCGUUCACAACAUUAACCAGGCGCAGUCCCAAUCUCUCCGUCCUUACCUCUCCUGCGUUCGGCAAACACUCACGGCUGCCCUUUCGCUGUCCAAUUUCGCCUCCCAAGCCUCCGAGCGACACAAUGUCCCCGAAAUUGAAGCCAAGACAUCACCAGAAGUGGUCCUCAAUCCGCUCACCGUCUCACGCAACCAAGAAGAGCGAGUGCUAGUAGAGCCAUCGGUCAACAGUGUGCGGGUCAGCAUAAGAAUAAAGCAGGCAGAUGAGAUUGAGCAUAUCUUGGUGCACAAGUUCACGAGGUUCCUGACGCAGAGAGCGGAGCACUUCUUCAUUCUGCGGCGGAAGCCUGUGCCGGUACGUGUGGGUUUAGAUUCCAAGGAGGAGAGAUAUGCUGACGGUAGACAAGGGAUACGAUAUCUCAUUUCUUAUCACGAACUUCCACACGGAGGAGAUGCUGAAGCACAAGCUGGUGGACUUCAUCAUACAGUUCAUGGAGGAAGUGGAUAAGGAAAUCUCGGAGAUGAAGCUCUUUGUGAGUAUUGCAUGGGGAGAUGGCGUGCUACGACUGGUACUGACUUUGCAAAGUUGAAUGCAAGAGCUCGAUUUGUGGCAGAGAGCUUCUUGACUCCGGUAAGGCUGAUUCUAAGUGCGUAUGUCAAGAUGAGCUGACAUCUCUUCAGUUCGAUUAA